CAGCAGGCUCUUGAUAGCUUCUGAAAAUCGUCCUUCUUUACCCAUCAUACUACCAUCACUUCCUGCUCUUUCCACGAUGCUUUCCAAGAUUGCUCGUGUUGGUUUGGUUUUGGCCUUUGCUACGCAGUGUCUGGGUCAGAAUGUCUCACCAGGAAUCCCCGCCGAGGAAGCCGCUGCUUUAUCUUCGGUAGUCGAAGAUGAGCCCGACAUGGUGGCUUUGAGGAAAGGAGAUGAGAGUCCCAAGUUGACACUCUAUCAGAAGGCUCUACCUAUCCCACCCCAAGCGCAGGUCAAGUAUAAGAUCACCAAUCCGGUGACUGGCAAAGAGAUCUGGUAUUAUGAGCUAGAGAUCAAGCCCUUCACGCAACAGAUAUACCCGAAUCUGAAAGCCGCGCGCUUGGUGGGAUACAAUGGCACGAGUCCAGGGCCUACCAUCAUCGUGCCCAAGGGUCAAGAGAGUGUUGUCCGUUUCAUCAACAACGGAGACCGAGAGAGUUCCGUUCAUCUUCAUGGGUCGCCGUCGCGUGCACCUUUUGAUGGUUGGGCCGAGGAUGAGAUGUUCCCGGGCCAGUACAAAGAUUACUACUAUCCAAACUACCAGUCAGGACGGAUGCUCUGGUAUCAUGAUCACGCCCUUGGCAUUACUGCCGAAAACGCGCAUUUUGGACAAGCGGGUGCAUAUGUCGUUGCUGACGCUGCCGAAGAUGCCCUUGGCCUCCCAACUGGAUAUGGAAAGUAUGAUAUUCCUCUUGUAUUGACCUCCAAGUACUAUAACUCGGAUGGUACUUUGAGAUCCAGCAAAGGCGAAGACCAGAGUCUCUGGGGUGAUGUAAUUCACGUAAAUGGUCAACCAUGGCCUUUUUUCAAUGUGGAGCCCCGCAAAUACAGGUUCCGAAUCUUGGAUGCCUCUCUCUCCCGCAACUUCGAUCUUUUCUUCGUCCGGUCGUCCGCCACCAGCACAAGGCUUCCGUUCCAGGUCAUUGCAUCAGACGCAGGCUUGUUGGAGCGUCCUGUGCAAGUCACUGAUCUCAAAAACGCUGUUGCUGAGCGUUACGAGAUUGUAUUCGAUUUCUCCAAGUUUGCUGGACAAAGUAUCGAACUGCGCAAUGAUCAUGACCUUGACAUCAUGACCGACGACGAUUAUGAUAACACAGACAAGGUCAUGAAGUUCGUUGUGUCGGGUACAGCGGUCACCGAUACGUCGAAAGUACCAGCGGCUUUACGAACAGUCCCUUACCCUCCUCCCUCGACCGGAGUGGACCACCAGUUCCGAUUCCACAGAUCCAACGGAGAAUGGCAAAUCAACGGCGUUGGCUUCGAAGACGUCGCUAACCGAGUGCUUGCUAAGGUCCCCCGCGGCAAAGUGGAGAUUUGGGAGCUUGAGAACUCGUCUGGUGGAUGGACACACCCCAUCCAUGUGCAUCUCGUUGAUUUCAAGGUAAUUGAGCGAAACGGCCGUGGUGUCGAGCCAUACGAGUCCAUUGGUCUCAAGGACGUUGUCUGGCUCGGCAAGAACGAAGUCGUCAAGGUGGAAGCUCACUACGGUCCCUGGAAUGGACUUUACAUGUUCCAUUGUCAUAAUCUCAUUCACGAAGAUCACGAUAUGAUGGCGGCUUUCAACGUUACCCAGCUGACGACUCUCGGUUAUAACGAAACGACCGAUUUUGCCGAUCCUGUGGAUCCUCGCUGGGCUGCCCGGCCAUUCACACAAUCCGACUUUACUAGCAGAUCGGGUCCAUUCACAGCUCAGACGAUCAACGAUCGCGUCCAGCAGCUUGCCCGUGAACAGCCUUACAGCGAGUUGGAUCAGGUCGAACAGGCACUCGAGCAAGCUUGGGCUAACGGAACUCCCACAAAACGAAGUGUUGAAGAGUGCCAGAAGGGUGGCCCAGUCCCACGCUAUCGCCGCUUCCAGGUCUAG